AUGGUAGCGCCAGGUAUGCGGGCUAAACCCGUCAGGCGCCUGAAGACGGGCACCGAAACCACCAAGUCUCAUCGAUUUGAAGGCUUUUCGCAGCGCAUCGCAAAGCUCAAGAUCGACCCAAUUCACCGCGUGCGCCGCGCCAGCUUCGGCGACGACGAUGAAGAGACCUCCUCCUAUUUCCGGUCGGCACUCGACCACUGGGCAGAAAUGAACUUGUCCGACAAUUUCACCCAGUUCACACGUCGCGUCAACCCCCUCUCUGAAAGCCUUGCGCAGAUCGUUCACCACGAAGAGAAGAUCAUGGGCCUGUUGGUAGAAUAUAUCGAGAAGAGGGACCAGCUUUGCAUGGAGCCAUUGUUAAGUCUGCUUGCACAGUUUGCCAGAGACCUCGGCGUUCGGUUCGAAAAACAUUUCGCCGCGGCCGUGACUCUGGUGGCGUCCGUUGCAGCGACGCACCAAGACAUCGAGGUGGUGGAGUGGAGUUUCAGUUGCCUGGCAUGGAUUUUCAAGUUUCUCUCACGCUUGUUGGUUCCGGACCUACGGCAACUGCUGGGGAUAAUGACACCUUAUCUGGGCAAGGAGCGCCAGAAGCCGUUCGUGGCUCGCUUUGCGGCCGAGUCGAUGUCGUUUCUCAUUCGGAAAGCCGGCCUUGUUUACUACAAGAACAAAUCGCCUCUCGAAAAUGCCGUAACUUUUCUCUUUGACGAUAUCUCGAAAGCGGCCGAAGAUUCCCAAAAUGUCGAGAACUACCGGGAAGGCUUGAUGGCUAUGUUCGCCGAUGCCAUGAAGGGUGUCAACAAUGGCCUUCACUCCAAUGCGACCGAUAUUCUUCGCUGCAUUCUGGAUAAGCUUCCGCCCACCAAGGAACAGCAUAGUGUACCCGCAGAGGUUGCGUAUGGAGUGGUGGUCGGUCUCAUUCACCACACUACUCCCGACACGUUUGGGCCUAUUCUCAGCACGAUUACAGCCUAUAUCGAUGGUCGUUCCAAGGGCGGCAAAAAUCCUAAUGUUCCAGAGUGCUGCCGCUUGAUUUUCUUGUGCGUGGCAACUCGAAAGGGAGUCAGAGUAAAGGACUGGAAGCCUGUCCACGAGAUUUUGGUUUCCCUGCUCCAACAGGUGUCGGCGUCGACUGAAACAUACCCCGACACGAUCCCCGGAAUCCUCGCGACUGUUGCAUAUGCAUUGCAACUGUCCCCGAUGGACGAGAUGCUGCCAUUUUUGCGUUCUCUCAUGGACCUGGUGUCCACCGGCCCGCUCUCGGCAUACUUCUUGUUCUUUUGCAACACUUUCUCGGAAUGGGGAUCGGAGCGAUUUCAAAGCCUUCUUCUGCCGUACUUCCAGAAGUUCAUCAAUUCGUCGUGGCAAUUAAGAGAAUGGGAAACAUGUCUGACCCUGCUUCAUCUGAGCCAGACUGGUUGCAUCACGUCCGAAGCCUCGAAACCUGGGUACAUCUCGUGCCCCAAUGCCUUGAAGAGUCAUAUUCAGGAUUCGCUGGAUUACCCAAGCACAAACGAUUUUGUUCUGAAUGCUUUGGUGAAGCUUCCAAAGGCCAUCGGCCUAUUCACAGACUCAACUGCUUCGUCUGUCAUGGUGCACAAGUUGCAUCACAAUGUUUCUUCUGCUUUCAAAGACGCUGCUUCCAGUAAGGAGACCAACGGUUUGAUAUUCUACGUUGGUCAGGGAUUCAAAACUUAUGUUGAACUCGCUACACAAUCUGGCCAACUGGACUCGAGUCUUUGGGAGUCAAUCCUUACCACUGCCAUGGCCUUUUCCCGUCUCCCUCUGUUUCUGGAGGGUGUUCUGGCAUUCAUCGCUUCUUGCCCGGAAUCCACCAACCUGGAAAAUUCCAUGCUCGAUGACUUCGCCCAGAACUUGAUAGUCAACUUGGCCAGUCCAUCGCAUAGGCUGAGGCUGGUCUCGCUCCAAAUAUUGCGCGAAUUAAGCAGCCGUGUCAUCAAGGAAGAUGUCUCUCCCAUCGAUCUGGCCAUUGAGAUUGAAGAGAGUCCGCUUACCUUACAGAGCGCCAGAACCAUUUCCAUGCAUAUCCGGAAACUCGCUCUCCUGUACCCGCAGAUUGCCUCUCGCAAGUGGAUGGCCCGUCUGAUCCCUUACUUUUGUUUCGGCCUCUUUUCCAAGAAGUUAGGACCAUUGUGGGACGACUCUGCUGCCGCCUUGAAGACCAUCAGCGAACACACAGAGGGCGAGAAGAUCGUCUCAGACCUAUCCAUCCAGUGGCUUCAGGAGCGGGACUCGAGCGCAGCGAGUGAGGAGACGGACGAUGACAACGAGAACACCUUCGUCUCUAGCCACUUCCAAUGCCACAAUGUCGUCAAGGUCGAAAAAACCUUUUCUACCAACCUCAGGACAACUAAAGACCCCCAGGGCCUCUUGUCGCAACAGUUCAAGCAAGAACACUGUCUUGCAGAUUUGCUUCCCGCUUCGCCUCGUUCUCAUGCGUUGCGUGUCCUCAUCGCCGCUCCAAGCGUGGCUGAAAAGCGAUCCCGCCAAAUUGUGCCCCUGUUCUUGUCGUGGGCAUUGCGUGAUGAUCAGGAUGACGUCCCACCCAUUGGUGAAGAUGCCGAUUCAGACAACGCUCCAAUCCGAUGGGGUUUCCGUGAUCGAGUGGCGAUGCUUACUUUGUUCGGGCAAUUCCUGAAUCCUAAAGUUUUGUACAAAGCGUCUGAAGUUCACGACGCUGUGCUGGAGCUCCUAUGUCACGGAAACUCGGAGACCCAGAAAGCUGCACUCAAGGCACUGUUUACCUGGAAAUCACCCCAUAUCCUCCCAUAUCAGGAGAAUCUUCUCAACAUACUGGAUGAAGCCAGGUUUAAGGAUGAGCUGGCAGUCUUCGUGCGUGUCGGCGAAGAUAGUCUAAUCGAACAAGAACACCGACCUAUUCUGCUGCCGGUACUUCUUCGCCUUCUAUACGGCCGGAUGAUUUCAAAAGCGAGCGCGGGUCAAGCUGGCCAAUCUGGAAGACGCAAGGCAAUUCUUCGGACUCUAUCACAUCUCUCUGAAGAGGAGUUUGGCCUUUUUAUGCGACUCUCCUUCGGUCCUCUCGCCGAUGUCCAUGUCGUCAAGGAUGACAACCCUGAUUUGAGUGUCUUCUCAGAGGAACUGACCAGCCCUCGAAGGCAAUUGGGUCUGCUCAAGAUGAUUGAUACGGUCUUUGAUACCCUCCAGACCCGCAUGAUACCUUAUGCGCCACAGACGAUGGAUGUUAUUAUCUAUUGUCUGGUGCGAGCAUGCCGAGCAAUUUACGAUGAGAACAGCCCGCUUUAUGUGGAUCGUCAAGACGAACGGCUUUUGACCGUCUACCAGAGCAUUCGCCAGACCUGUAUCCGCUGUCUCAACCUUGUCUUCUCCAUUUCGACCGAGCGGGACUGGACACCCUUCGUUCGUAUUCUGUUUGACGAGAUGAUUAGCGAUAGACUCGAGCAAUUCCCAAUCGAGACAGCUCAAGGCGUAUCAGGACUUCAUCGACUGUUCCAUACCUGGGCUUCUGCUCCGAGGUCUGCCUGGUAUCUUGUACAACAUAACAAAAAUGUUUUGACUAAGGUGAUCGAUUGCCUUGGAGUUGAGUCUGCUCGUGACGAAGUCAAGAUUUACGUCCUGGAUGAAAUCCUCGUGCCUUUGGUUGAUCUGUCUACCGGCAAGAAGUUGGAAGAAGAAGAGGAGAUGCCCGACUUCUCACCCGAACAGAUCCGAUCUGAAGUUCUCUCUCCUUACUUGGAAAAUGCCCUCUCUCACCUUGGCCGUGUGCUCAAGAGAGGUCCCUCGAAGCCUGUUCUGUUUGCUGGAGUCAAUGCCUUGUCUCUGAUCGCGCCAUGCGUUGAGUCUUCUGGAGAGACGUCGAGCUUGAUCAGCAUAGCGACGUAUCUACUUCGACAGCCUCCAGACCGUGUCAGCCCAAGGACUAAAUCUGGUCUGUUACGGAUUCUCGAACACUUCUUGCCUUUGUACAAGCCGGAAGAGGAUGCCCAGCUUUCUCAACAGGUCUUCGAGGCAGUAUCUUCUAUGUUCGACUAUUUUAAGGACGACACAAACAGAGAGGUUCUCGCAAGGGUCUUCUCUGCUCUUGCCACCCACGACCAACAGCUGGCAGAAGUUGCUGAACUGUGCGCCGAUCUGAACUCUCGUUCCAGUAAGAAGCUUGAGCCCGACUAUGAGCGGCGCUUGCAGGCCUUCACAAAAAUCAACGAAGAUCUGGCUCAAAAGUUAAGUGCCAAGCAGUGGCGGCCUCUUUUGUACAACAUGCUCUUCCAUGUCAAGGAUGAAGAGGAGCUUGCUGUUCGAUCCAGCGCUUCUUUCAGCCUGAAACGCUUUAUUGACAAGGCAGCCACCGAAACAGAGUCUGAAGACUUUGAGGCCCUGGUGAAUAACGUCUUCCUUCCUUCACUGCAGUACGGCCUCCGGCAAAAGUCGGAGCUUAUUCGCUCCGAGUUUGUCUCUGUUCUGGGGUACUUUGUCAGAUCGAACCCUACCAGGCCGUCCGUCCAGGAUAUGCAUGUGCUGCUUGUCGGCGAUGAUGAUGAGGCAUCUUUCUUCAAUAACAUUCUCCACAUCCAGCAGCAUCGCCGGCUCCGAGCUUUGCGGCGUCUCGCUGGUGAGGUCUCCAAAGGAGAGAUCCAGGCUGCCAACUUGGGCUCCAUCUUUAUUCCCCUUGUUGAACAUUUUGUAUUUGAUGAGGCCGAGGACGAGAACGCCCACAACUUGAUUGCCGAAGCCGUUGCCACAAUUGGUGCCCUUGCAGAAUGGCUGGAUUGGAACCAGUUCCGGGCCAAUUUCCGGAGGUAUCGCAGUUACAUGCAGAGCAAGCCCGAAAUGGAGAAGAACAUUCUAAGACUUCUGGGUCGGAUGUCUGACGCGUUAUCAAGCGCGAUGGAUCAAAAGAAGGCGGCAGAGCCCCAGCUCGAGAGCGACGACACUGACAAGAUGGAGGACCUUUCCACGCCCUCCAUAUGCACCCUUGCCAGAACCCUUCCAUCCUUCACAAAGGUCACAACGGAGCUGACCACCAACUUCAUCCCUUUCCUGACCAGCUUCAUCCAUCACAAGCAGGAGACGGAAAUGAGUUUGCGUUUGCCUGCCGCAGUCACCACAAUCAAGCUUCUCAAGAUUCUGCCCGAGGCAGAUAUGACUAUUCGCCUGCCUCCGGUUCUCCUGGAUGUCUGCAGUAUCCUCAAAAGUCGAGCACAAGACUCGCGAGACACGGCACGAAAAACACUCAACGACAUUGCCAUCCUGCUGGGCCCGGAAUACUUCGGCUACAUCCUGAAAGAACUGCGGAAUACUCUUGCUCGUGGAUACCAGCUUCAUGUUCUGUCCUUUACGAUCCACUCCAUGCUUGUAAUGACUACCGAUCACUUCAAGCAGGGUGACCUGGAUUAUUGCCUGGGAGAUCUCGUUGCGGUCGUGAUGGACGAUAUUUUCGGCACCGUCGGCCAAGAAAAGGACGCAGAAGGCUACGUCAGCAAGAUGAUAGAAGUGAAGAGCAGCAAGAGUUUCGACUCCAUGGAGCUUCUUGCCAAGAACGCCACUGUCCAACACCUGGCAAAUCUCGUCCGACCUUUGCAAGCACUUCUGCGAGAGAAGCUCAACUCGACCAUUGUAAAGAAGCUCGAUGAGCUUAUGAGGCGAAUUGGCAUUGGCCUUCUAAGAAACCCUGGCGCCGAAAGCCGUAACCUGCUGAUGUUCUGUUACGAAGUCAUCAAGGAGUCCUACCGCGAUCCUGCCGCGAGUGAGAGCCAGGCCAAGCCGAAGUCCGAGUCAGAGGAGCGGUUCUUGGUAAGACUGCAGGGAGCAAAGAGAGGCGAGAAACGGGGCACGACCUCCUCUCACGCGUACAAGCUGACACGAUUCGGUCUCGAUGUCCUGCGCGCGAUCCUCAACAAAUACAACUCUCUGUUGACGGCAACAAAUCUGUCGGGAUUCAUACCUAUCAUCGGCGAUGCCCUUGUGCAGGCCCAGGAAGAAGUCAAAAUUUCUGCUUUGCGGUUACUAUCUACAAUCAUCAAGCUCCCUCUGCCUGAGAUCGACCAGAACUCUCACGUCUAUUUCACCGAGGCAGUGAAAAUGGUCAAGGAGUCGCCCAGCACGAACACCGAAGCAGCGCAAGCCUCGCUAAAAUUGAUUUCAGCCAUGUUACGCGAACGAAAAGACACAAAGCUUCGAGAUGGGCACCUUGCAUACCUUCUUCAGCGCCUGACAUCGGACAUUGAAGAACCAGACCGACAAGGUAUAACCUUCAACUUCAUUCGAGCCGUGAUGUCUCGCAAGCUCGUCGUGCCGGAGAUGUAUGAACUCGUGGACAACAUCGCAACCAUGAUGGUCACCAACCAGACUCGUUCUGCGCGGGAUCUCGCGCGAGGCGUUUACAUUCACUUCCUGAUCGAGUAUCCGCAGGCGAAGAACCGGUGGACGAAACAGCUUGGUUUCCUUGCCAAGAACCUUGAGUACAAGCACCAGGAGGGACGCCAGUCGGUUUUGGAGGCCAUCAACUUGCUCCUUUCAAAAACCGGCCCGGAGCUGGCCCAGGAUAUCAUCAGCACCUUCUUCCUGCCUAUCGUGCUCGCCAUGGCCAAUGACGAUUCUUCAGAAUGCCGUGAGCUGGCAGGUGCAUUGCUUGGCCAAUUCUACAGCCGAGCAGAUCGGGAGCAGAUGAAGACUAUUCUAACACCUAUCCGGUCAUGGCUGGAGCAAACGGACAACCUGGCGCUGAGCAAUGUUGGUCUACAGGCCAUGCGAGUUUACUUUGAAGUUGAGGAAACAGUUAAAGAGAAAGAAGCUCGCUUUGUCGUCGGCAUCCUCCCAAACCUGAUGCAGCCGCUCCUCGAAGACCAUGAAUCAGGCAGCUGGGAGGCACUGUAUUAUGCCGCACAGCUUUUCACGAAACUCUGCAAAACAGCCCCUGCGCUCGCCCUGAGCCCCGAGUGUGCAUCCAUCUGGACCUUGAUCCGGGAAUGUCUCUUCUUCCCUCACGCAUGGGUCAAGACCUGUGCCGCGAAUCUCAUCGGCAUGUGGCUGGCCGACAUCGCCAAGACGAACGCAGCCGAGGGAUACAGCGCAAUUCCUCUAUCGGGAAGCUCGGGCUUGGUUCUGGACAAAGAUGCAAUGCUCCAGCUGCUCCGCGGCAGUCUUCGCUGUCUACGCACUCCUGGUAUCACGGAAGAGCUGGCUAUGCAGAGCGUGCGCAACCUCGUCUUCCUGGGCCGAUGCUGUGCACAGAACAGUCUCGAGAUUCCCAAGACGGAAGCUGACAAUGCCGACUCUGAAGCUGAGGAGGAGGAUGCAGAUGAGGGUGCCGAUAGCGAAGCUGACGAUGGGGCACCAACCAAUGGCGAGAACAAUGAUGUCUCAAGCAGCACCAGAUCCGCCAUCCACUACAUUUUCCGCCAGAUCUCCUCGCUCCUGCGCCGCGAAGUGAUCUCUAGACGGCCAGACGCUCUCAUCCCUAAAACCGCAUCGAUUGCCCUCCUCGCCGCGCUGGUCCGCCACGUUGACGCAGAGCAGAUCCACCCGUCUCUCACCGUCAUCUUACUUCCACUGCAGCACCUGACCGACUCAUCCAUUCCUGCUCCACGGUCAUCAGAUGAGUCCUUCCAGAACACGUACAAGGGUCUUGUUUCCAACUGUCACGAGACCCUGGAUCUGUUGCAGAAGAAGCUCGGCACGACCGAGUACAUCGCUCAGAUGUCUCGCGUGCAGGAGACUAUCAAGGAGCGCCGCGAAGGAAGACGUGUCAAGCGGCGCAUUGAAGCUGUUGCUGAUCCUGAGCGGUACGGUCGUGAUAAGCAGAGGAGGAAUGAACGGAAGAGGGACGUACGCCGCGAGAAGGGGCUGGAGCAUCGGGGAAAGAGACGUGGAUGGUAA